AUGCACUUACAGCUGUAUGAGAUCAUCUUCUCGAAGUCCCGAACCACAGGGUCAGCCCUGCAGGUGAGUCACCCCCCAGUGGAAGAUGCUCAGGAGAUUACAGCAGGUGAUGGUGUGCUGAUAGACCGGUGUUGUAUUACAAUACAAACCAUCAUUCCUGUUUCACAACUCCCCUUGUGGGUUUUAAGGAGUGCUGGGGCGGUCCUGCCCCAGUGUGAGCGCGGGGCGGGCACAGGGAGCAGGCACAGGGGUGCGGGAGCAUCGCCGGCCCCGGCUCCUGCACAUCGGGGCACCUGCAGCCUGCCCACCCCUGCGCGGGAGAUAUUCUGGGAUUCUCUGGAAUUGGCUGGGUUUCUGCGGGCAGAAGGACCACGCUGGAGCUGCAUGAACAUGGACUCGGCCUCGGAGCGGCUGAACGGCAGAGGGCCCAGCACGAGACACAAAUCCUCGAGGACGCUGGAGUCCUUCAAGCUGGUCGGCAUCCUGGUCCUGGCCGUGGUGCUCACCCUCGCCUGCCUGGUCGCCAUCGGCUUCCUGGUCAAGGUUUACCUGGAUCACCACUACCUGUUCUGCAAGCAGCCCCUGAAGCUGGUGCCGCUGCAGAGGGUGUGUGACGGGCAGGUGGACUGUCUGCAGGGCGAGGACGAGGCCAACUGUCCCCAGUGGGUCCCUGAGGGGCCACCAGCCGGGGCCCGCGUUUCCAAAGACAGAUCCAUCCUGCAGGUGCUCAACAGGAACACUGGAGCCUGGUCCUGUGUCUGCCACGACCACUUCGACCUGGUGCUGGCCAAGGCAGCCUGUGAGCAGAUGGGCUACAGGAGCACCCCCACUUUCCAGGGGGUGGAGGUGGGCGCAGGGCAGCCCCUGCCCCCCCGUGAGGUCGUGCUGAACGACGGGAGCCUCCAGGUGCUGGAGCCGGGCGGGAAAUGCCUCUCUGGAUUGGUUGUUUCACUCUUUUGUUCCAACUGCGGGCAGAACAUCCGGACACCCCGAGUGCUGGGCGGGAGCCCGGCUGCCAUCGAGGCGUGGCCGUGGCAGGUCAGUCUGCAGUACAGGAAGGAGCACAUCUGCGGGGGCAGCAUCAUCGACCCCGGCUGGGUCCUGACGGCCGCGCACUGCUUCAAGAACAACCCCAUCAUCCAGAGCUGGCGCGUGAAGGCCGGCUCCGACCUCCUCUCCAGCACCGCCACCUCCGCCGUGGAGAAGGUCUUCCUGGCCGAGGUGACCCCCGUGUCCCCCAAGGACAACGACAUCGCCCUGGUGAAGCUGCACUCUCCCCUGCACGUCUCAGACAGCACCAGGCCCAUCUGCCUGCCCUAUUUCGACGAGGAGCUGGUGCCGGGCACGCCCCUGUGGGUGAUCGGCUGGGGCUACACGGAGGAGCACGGGAAGCUGUCGGAGCGCCUGCAGCAGGCGGAGGUGGAGCUCAUAGACAAGCAGAGCUGUAACCUGGCCGCCUACCACGGGGAGGUGACCGACAGGAUGCUGUGUGCCGGCCUGCCCCAGGGCGGGGUGGACACCUGCCAGGGGGACAGCGGCGGGCCCCUCCUGUACUCGGGUGGGCACUGGCAGGUGGUGGGCAUCGUCAGCUGGGGCCAGGGCUGCGGCACCCCCAGCACGCCCGGCGUCUACACCAGCGUCCGUGCCUACCUCGACUGGAUCUACACCGUCCGCAGGUCGGAGCUCUGA